AUGGCAGAAGCAUUAGGGCUCGCUGUCAAUUGUUUGACGGUCAUCGACCUCACUGUGAAGGUCGCUUCGAAGCUCUAUGACUAUGGCAAAGAUGCAGCAAACGCCCGGGAUGACAUCAACAGGCUCCGCGACAAAGUCCUCAGCCUAGACAAGAUUGCGCGUUCAGUACAAGCCCUCCUCGAUCGUCAGGGGGAUUCCAGCAAUAUCCCAACGAUUGAGUUACUAAGGCAAGGUGUCUUCGGCACCGAAGAGAAACUGCAGCAGCUGUUUGAUGCCCUAGACAUUCGAGGCGCGCGGCGACCAAUGCGGAUGCUUGGAAUUCGUUCAUUGAAAUGGCCAUUCAAUAGUCAAGACGUAGAGAAAAUUCUUUCCGAUCUUCAGGGUUGUUUUCAGAUGCUCUCUCAGUCGCUGCAAGUGGAUCAAACAUCCUUGCUACUCAGCAUCGAUAGAAGGUCAAUUCUUGAUCGUAUUCCUUAUGCACAAGAUGCUGCGUAUAACUCAAGAGUGGAGGAUCGGAAUCCUACUUGCCACCCUCAAACCCGCUCUGGUAUUCUAUCUGAUAUCCGUAAAUGGAUUGAUGACCCUCAUGCAAAGAGCAUAUUCUGGCUUAACGGCAUGGCGGGGACUGGAAAGUCCACUCUAUCUCGGACAGUCGCCAGAUCUCUCGCCCAAACAAGGUCUCUUGCUGCUAGUUUCUUCUUCAAGAGAGGUGAGAGCAACCGAGGUGACAGCGGCCUAUUCUUCAGCACUCUUGCCUUUCAGCUUGUAUCAAGUGUGCCAGGAUAUGGGCAAGCUCUCAAAGAAAUCCUCGACGAGAAUCCAAGCUUGAUGAAUAAAUCCUUGAGGGAUCAGUUUAACCAGCUCCUGGUUGAACCGUUAUCCUUGGUACCCAAACAUACGCCAAAUCCGACACCAUUCAUUCUCAUUGUUGAUGCUUUAGAUGAGUGCGCCGACGAUAAUGAUAUACGUAUGAUUAUUCAUCUUCUAUCGACCACAGAAGCGAUAUCAAACAGUUCUUGGCGGCUAAGAACCUUCCUCACAAGCCGACCCGAAUUGCCCAUCCGCCUUGGGUUUGGUGCUAUUCGUGGGACAUUUCAAGAUCUUGUCCUUCAUGAUAUUCCCAGCUAUAUUGUAGAGCGGGACAUCUCAGUCUUCCUACAAGAUGAACUGGCGAAUGUUAGAUUCGAUUAUAACCUCACUGUCCCUCAGCAUCGACAACUGCCCCUGGACUGGCCCGGCCAGGCUAGGAUUAAAUACAUUACGGAUAUGGCUUCGCCAUUAUUCAUUGCGGCUGCCACCGUUUGUCGAUUCGUCUCAGAUCGUAGGAUUGGAAGUCCAGAGGAACAAUUGGCCAAGAUUGUGAACUUUUCAAGCGGAAAUGAAGCGUCGAAAUUGGAAGGAAUUUAUUUGCCAAUCUUGCGUCAGACCUUAGCCGGGCUUUCCGUUGCCGAACAUGAUAUAGCACUCUCUGACUUUCGCUCUAUCGUUGGAACCAUUAUUCUUGCAUACACUCCAUUAUCAGCAAGAGGACUAGCCAAUAUUCUACAAAUGUCGGAAGGAAAAGUAGAGAGCCGGCUUGACCUUCUCCAUUCGUGCCUAAACGUUCCCCCAGAACCUGAACUUCCUGUCCGUCUUCUUCAUUUACUCCUUUCGAGAUUUCCUGGUCGACCCAAGUAG